CGGGAGGGGCCGGCGGCGGCCAAUGGGCGCGGCGGACACUGGGAGGUGCGGGCGGUGCUGGCGAUUUCAAACCCCGCCGAGCAGCCGCUGGACCGUCGCCGGCCCGACCUGCGGGGCCCAGGAAUUACUGUAAUUACAGAGAGAGCCUGACUUACAAUGGGGGAUGACAGUGAGUGGAUGAAACUGCCCAUUGACCAGAAAUGCGAACACAAGCUGUGGAAAGCGAGAUUAAAUGGUUAUGAAGAAGCCCUUAAGCUCUUCCAGAAGAUAGAUGACGAAAAGAGUCCCGAAUGGUCCAAGUAUCUUGGAUUGAUAAAGAAAUUUGUGACAGACUCCAAUGCAGUGGCUCAGCUGAAAGGACUGGAAGCAGCGCUUGCUUAUGUUGAAAAUGCUCAUGUAGCUGGGAAGACAACCGGAGAAGUAGCAUCUGGAGUUGUAAAUAAGGUGUUCAAUCAGCCGAAAGCCAGAGCCAAAGAGCUGGGUCUAGAUAUAUGUCUAAUGUAUAUAGAAAUCGAGAAAGGGGAGGCGAUACAAGAAGAAUUAUUAAAGGGUCUGGACAACAAAAACCCAAAAAUCAUAGUAGCAUGUAUAGAGACACUGAGGAAAGCACUAAGUGAAUUUGGUUCAAAAAUAAUCUCACUGAAGCCAAUCAUCAAAGUAUUGCCAAAACUUUUUGAAUCUCGGGAAAAGGCUGUUCGAGAUGAAGCCAAGCUCCUUGCUGUGGAGAUCUACCGUUGGAUAAGGGAUGCUUUGAGACCUCCAUUGCAGAACAUAAAUUCUGUUCAGCUAAAAGAACUGGAAGAAGAGUGGAUCAAAGUGUCAUCAGCUGUUCCUAGGCAGACCAGGUUCCUACGUUCCCAACAGGAGCUGAAGGCAAAAUUUGAGCAGCAGCAGGCAGUUGGAGGGGAUACAGAUGGAGGAGGUGAUGAUGAGGAAGAGACGGUACCACAAGUAGAUGCAUAUGAGUUGCUUGAAGCUGUAGAAAUUCUUUCCAAGCUUCCCAAAGACUUCUAUGAGAAAAUAGAAGCAAAAAAGUGGCAAGAAAGGAAAGAAGCUCUAGAGGCUGUUGAACUAUUAGUGAAAAAUCCGAAGUUGGAAUCAGGAGACUAUGCAGACUUGGUGAAAGUUCUCAAAAAGGUUGUUGGAAAGGAUACAAAUGUUAUGUUAGUAGCUUUGGCUGCCAAAUGCCUUUCUGGACUAGCUACUGGCCUCCGAAAGAAAUUUGGACAGUAUGCAGGGCAUGUUGUUCCAACAAUCCUGGAGAAAUUUAAAGAGAAGAAACCUCAGGUAGUGCAGGCACUUCAGGAGGCCAUUGAUGCAAUCUUUCUUACAACCACACUGCAGAACCUAAGUGAAGAUAUUUUGGCAGUCAUGGACAACAAAAACCCAACAAUUAAGCAACAAACAUCCCUUUUCAUUGCAAGAAGCUUCCGACACUGCACACCUUCUACUCUACCAAAAAGCCUGUUAAAACCUUUCUGUGCUGCACUUCUCAAGCAUAUCAAUGAUUCUGCUCCUGAAGUAAGAGAUGCUGGAUUUGAAGCAUUAGGCACUGCCUUGAAGGUGGCUGGAGAAAAAGCUGUGAAUCCUUUUCUAGCAGAUGUAGACAAACUAAAGCUUGAUCGGAUUAAAGAGUGCGCUGAGAAGGUAGAACUGGUUUAUGGUAAAAAGGCAGGAGGAGCUGCUGAGAAAAGAGAAGGCAAGCCUGUUGCUGGAAAGACUGCUGCUCUUCCCGGGCCUGGGGCAGAUAAAGAAACAAAAGAUGCAGCAACUAAAGCAGGACCACUGAAAAAAGCAUCCGCUGUGAAGUCUGGGGUCCCACCCAAGAAAGGCAAGCCAGCUACAGCUGCAGGUGCAGGAGGUGCUGGGGCUAAAGGCAAGAAGGGUCCUGAGACCAAAGAAAUAUUUGAGUCAGAGCUAUCUAUGGAAGUAUGUGAAGAGAAAGCUGCUGCUGUCCUUCCAGCUUCUUGUAUCCAGCAGUUGGACAGUGGUAACUGGAAAGAGAGGCUUGCUUGCAUGGAGGAGUUUCAAAAGGCUGUUGAGCUUAUGGAGAGAAGUGAAAUGCCUUGCCAAGCUCUAGUAAGAAUGCUGGCCAAGAAACCUGGUUGGAAGGAAACGAAUUUUCAGGUGAUGCAAAUGAAGCUGCAUAUAGUUGCAUUGAUUGCACAAAAAGGAAACUUCUCCAAAACUUCAGCACAGGUUGUGCUGGAUGGUCUUGUAGACAAGGUCGGCGAUGUGAAAUGUGGGAGUAAUGCAAAAGAAGCCAUGACAGCAAUAGCAGAAGCAUGUCAGUUGCCAUGGACUGCUGAGCAGGUUGUGGCUACGGCUUUCUCUCAGAAGAAUCCUAAAAACCAGUCAGAAACUUUGAACUGGCUUUCAAAUGCAAUUAAAGAGUUUGGCUUUUCUGGACUGAAUGUCAAAGCUUUCAUCAGUAACGUGAAGACAGCUCUUGCUGCAACUAACCCAGCUGUGAGGACUUCUGCCAUUACGUUGCUGGGAGUAAUGUAUCUUUAUGUGGGACCUCCUCUGCGAAUGUUUUUUGAGGAUGAGAAGCCAGCCCUUCUCUCCCAGAUAGAUGCAGAAUUUGAAAAGAUGCAAGGCCAGACAGCACCAACUCCAACUCGUGGCAUUUCCAGGCACAGUGCCGGAGGUGGGGAUGAUGGUGAGGAAGAAGAACAAGAGGAAGUUGGGAAUGAUGUUGUGGAUCUCUUGCCAAGAACAGAUAUUGGUGAUAAGAUCACAGCUGAACUAGUGUCUAAGAUUGGGGAUAAAAACUGGAAGAUCAGAAAAGAAGGUCUAGAUGAAGUGACAAGCAUAUUAAAUGAAGCAAAGUUCAUACAUCCAAACAUAGGAGAACUUCCAGCUGCUCUGAAGAAUCGUCUCAAUGACUCCAAUAAAAUCUUGGUGCAACAAACACUGAGCAUUCUUCAGCAGCUAGCAACAGCAAUGGGUCCCAAUAUCAAACAGCAUGUGAAAAAUUUGGGGAUUCCUGUCAUUACAGUCCUAGGAGAUAGUAAGAAUAAUGUUCGUGCUGCUGCAUUAGCAACUGUGAAUGCCUGGGCUGAACAAACUGGCAUGAAAGAGUGGUUGGAAGGGGAAGACCUGUCUGAGGAGCUCAAAAAAGAAAAUCCUUUCCUAAGGCAAGAGCUUCUUGGUUGGUUGGCUGAGAAGUUGCCUACCCUCCGCUCUGUUCCUUCUGACCUACUCUUGUGCGUGCCUCACCUGUACUCCUGCCUUGAAGAUCGAAACGGGGAUGUGCGCAAAAAGGCACAGGAUGCCCUGCCGUUCUUUAUGAUGCAUCUUGGCUUUGAGAAGAUGGCAAAAGCCACUGGCAAGCUGAAGCCAACUUCCAAAGACCAAGUACUGGCCAUGCUUGAGAAAGCCAAAGCCAACAUGCCGGCCAAACCAGCUCCCCCUGCUAAAUCAUCUUCCAGAGUGGUAGGGGGAACAGCUCCAGCCAAAUUCCAACCUGGGUCAGCAUUUGCUGAUGACUUGGGGUCUAAUACCAUGGAAUCCAAGCCUGAUCCCAAAAAAGCCAAAGCAGGAGGACUGUCCUCUAAAACUAAGCAGUCAAAUGUUAAUAGCAAUAUAUCCAAGGGUAAUGCCAGCCUGCCCAAAGCUAAUACAGGCCUCAGCAAAGGCAGUUCAAGUCUGACAAAGAGCCAGUCUAUCAAACAGAUUGAGCACUUGGAGAGUGAAAAAGACGGAGUCAUCAGCUGCCUGGAUUUGAUCUUAAAAUGGCUUACCCUGCGGUUCUUUGAUACCAAUACAAGUGUUUUGAUGAAAACACUUGAAUACCUUAAAUUGCUUUUCAAUAUGCUGAGUCAAGAAGAGUAUCACCUCACUGAAAAUGAAGCAUCCUCUUUCAUUCCGUAUCUUAUCCUAAAGGUAGGAGAACCGAAAGAUGUCAUUCGCAAAGAUGUACGUGCCAUUCUGAACAGGAUGUGUCUCAUCUAUCCAGCCAGCAAGAUGUUCCCUUUCAUCAUGGAGGGGACAAAAUCCAAAAACUCAAAACAACGUGCAGAAUGCUUGGAAGAGCUUGGAUGCCUGGUUGAAUCAUAUGGCAUGAAUGUAUGCCAGCCAACUCCAGGGAAAGCCUUAAAAGAAAUGGCGACUCAUAUUGGUGAUAGGGACAACACCGUGCGCAAUGCUGCACUGAACACCAUUGUGACUGUCUAUAACGUUCAUGGUGAUCAAGUGUUCAAGCUGAUUGGAAAUCUUUCUGAGAAAGACAUGAGCAUGCUGGAGGAAAGAAUAAAACGGUCAGCCAAGAGACCCUCUGCGGCUCCUGUGAGACAGGCAGAGGAGAAACCUCAACGUACUCAAAACAUCAGUGCUAACUCUGGCAUGAUGCGGAAGGGGCCAGCUGAGGACAUGUCCUCCAAGCUCAACCAAAAUCGCAACAUGGGCAGUCACUCUGAGACAACACACACUGUUCCACGGGAAUUUCAGCUGGAUCUUGAUGAAAUUGAAAAUGACAACGGAACUGUCAGAUGUGAGAUGCCAGCACUUGUGCAGCACAAACUAGAUGACAUUUUUGAGCCAGUCUUGAUUCCUGAGCCCAAAAUUCGUGCUGUGUCCCCACACUUUGAUGACAUGCACAGUAACACAGCUUCUACUAUCAACUUUGUCAUUUCCCAAGUAGCCAGUGGUGAUAUAAAUACAAGCAUUCAGGCUCUGACCCAGAUUGAUGAGGUGCUCAAACAGGAGGACAAAGCAGAAGCUAUGUCUGGCCACAUUGACCAAUUCCUAAUAGCUACCUUUAUGCAGCUUCGGCUAAUCUACAACACGCACAUGGCAGAUGAGAAGCUGGACAAAGAUGAGAUAGUCAGACUUUACAGCUGUAUUAUUGGGAGCAUGAUCACGCUAUUUCAGAUAGAGAGUCUGGCUCGAGAGGCCUCCACUGGUGUGCUUAAAGACCUAAUGCAUGGUCUUAUUACAUUAAUGCUGGAUUCUCGGGUUGAAGACCUUGAGGAGGGGGAGCAGGUCAUCCGAUCAGUCAACCUCUUGGUAGUGAAAGUUCUGGAGAAGUCUGACCAGACCAACAUCUUGAGUGCUCUGCUUGUUUUGCUCCAAGACAGUCUUCUAGCAACAGCCAGCUCUCCUAAGUUUUCAGAACUUGUCAUGAAGUGUCUGUGGAGAAUGGUGCGUCUUCUUCCGGAAACCAUUAAUAGCAUAAAUCUGGAUCGGAUUCUGCUGGAUAUCCACAUUUUCAUGAAGGUCUUUCCCAAAGAGAAGCUGAAGCAAUGUAAGAGUGAUUUUCCUAUAAGGACAUUGAAGACUCUGCUUCACACCCUGUGCAAGUUGAAAGGGCCCAAGAUCUUAGAUCAUUUAACAAUGAUAGACAACAAAAAUGAGUCUGAGCUGGAAGCUCACCUUUGUAGAGUAAUGAAGCACUCCAUGGAUCAGAGUGGAAAAGCUGAUAAGGAUACAGAAAAAGGAGCUUCUCGCAUAGAGGAAAAGGCUUCAAAAGCCAAGGUUAAUGAUAUUUUGGCAGAAAUAUUUAAGAAGAUUGGCUCAAAGGAGAACACCAAGGAGGGUCUAGCAGAGCUAUAUGAAUAUAAAAAGAAAUAUUCUGAUGCAGACAUUGAGCCCUUCCUGAAAAACUCCUCUCAGUUCUUCCAGAGCUAUGUGGAAAGAGGCCUCCGAUUGAUAGAAACAGAACGUGAGGGGAAAGGACGCAUUGCUCCUUCUACAGGAAUUUCUUCUCAGAUGGAAGGAACAUGUGUUCCUGUGUCUACCCACACUGUAUCUUCCUCUAUAGGAAACACAAAUGGGGAGGAAGUGGGGCCUUCAGUUUAUUUGGAAAGACUAAAAAUCCUCAGGCAGCGUUGUGGCCUUGACAACGCAAAGCAGGAAGACAGACCCCCUCUGACGUCUCUGCUCUCUAAACCUACACUCCCUACAGUUGCAUCCUCUACAGAUAUGCUUCACAGUAAGCUCUCCCAGCUCCGUGAGUCCCGGGAGCAGUACCAACAUCUGGACCUGGACUGCAAUCAGACUCAUUCCUCUGGCAUUGGAACUACUCUGGCUUCACCCUCUUCUGCAGCAGCCAAUAUUGAUGACUUGAAAAAAAGAUUGGAGAGAAUAAAAAGCAGUCGCAAAUAGAGAAGCAAGGCUGUUGCUUGGGGCUGUCUUCAGCUUUAGUUUACUAAACUAGAAGUCUUCAUAGUUAAAUGGCCUCGUUUAGGCCUAAUGUAUACAAACUGGUUUAUGUAUAAUACAGUGGAUUUUGGGGGGUUGAGUCAUUGUGGCACAAGUAUUUGUACAUACUCUGCUUCUCAGUGAGCAUCUCUUUGACAAUAGAAGGCUGUCUGUGUAUUAGUUUUAGUGUACAGACCUGUAAACAACCAUCCUGCUCACACUAGUUUCUCAUAACUUGGGGUUUUUAUUUGUAAAAUUGUCUUUAAGAUUUUUUCCUAGUUCUUAACUCUUAGAAGAUCUUUAGUGAUUUCACUUUUAAUUUUGUGAAUUCUUCUCCAUGUAAUCCUUGAACUGUUGAUUCUGUAUGGACACAUGGCAUGAAGUAACUAAUUUAAGUGUCUUUUGUAAAUAAAGUUUGCAUUAACUAUACCAGCCUCUGUAGGAACAGCAGCAACUGCUGGUUAUAGGUCACUCUAUAUUCCUGAAUGUUAGUGACUGGGCAUCUAGAAACUGAACUAAGCUAUUCUUGACAUGAACCUUGGGAUUUGGAUACAUUAUAAGGAAGAUGAGUGGAAAUAUACUGUCUGUGGGUGCAGUCCUGAGACUUUGCACUCUUCUAAGAGCAGUAGUGCAUUUUUAUAUAGUUCCUUUUUUAUGUUUUGGAGUAUGUUUCUGUAACUUGAGAAUAUUUAGUUUGCUGAAAUGCUUAUUUUAAAUUAUCUAGUCCUUGUGAUGCCUUUUUAGCCAGAUUAAGCGUAGACCCAGCUGAGGGAGCUUUCUUUGAGGGAGCCUGCUGCUGUUGGUAUGGAAUAGACUAGCAGUGAUGUACAGUCAGUGGGCUCAUUUAUCCUGAACUCAUUUGGUUAAGCAGUCUUCCUCUUGCAGGUAGACCUCACCACUACAUUCUUUUUGCUCUUAAACAUCUGAUGUCAGCAAACUCUACUAGUCUGUGUAACUAAGACACCUAGUAGGGCUAGUCUGAAAAAGCUGUAGCCACUUUUUUUUUUUAAGAGUAAUUAGCCUUUUUCAGAAGCUACAAAUAUGAAGAUGAAGACAGACACACUGUGUAUCCUUUCUAGCCCUUUUAUUUCUAGGGAGGUGAUGUAUUUUGACCUUACUACUGCACUUCCAUGUGAGAACUGGUUGUGAAGCAUACAUUGCACAUCUGUUCUGUAGCUAGAACAGAGUUAUUGAAGAGUUGGACAGGCAGGCUUAAAAUAGCACACUUCUGCUCUAUAUUUUAAUCUGUUCCAUGUAACUGCUGCUUUUGUUGUUUGCUCUGUGCACCAGCAGUCUCUGCAUUAGGCCAUUACUGAAACUGCCUUGCCUGAUUACAGUAAAAAUGUGGCUUUAAAUUAGUACUUGUACAACAGAUCUAUGCCAGAGCUUCUGCAAAUGUCUGAAAACUUUCACAGGACCCCUAGGCUGGGGUUGCAAUUGAUGUAUUGCUGCUUGGUGCUUAUGAUGAGUUUGCACACUGCAAUAGCAAGUGACUUGCGAGCGUUCUCCAUCCUGUGUUAAUUGAUAUGAUGUCAUUCCUUGCUCCACCACCUUGAUUUAGUAGUCUCAGUCCCCUCUCAUAACCUGAAAUGGGCAUGCACUUUCUUGUGGAACAGAGCUCUGUUACAAGUGGAGGUUGGCCCUUAUUGGUAAGUGCUGAGUUUUGUGCACUUGACCUGGGGCAGUUUUUGAACAGUUUGUGUUGGCUGGCACUAGUUACUGCCACUACCUCUCAAUUACUAGCUGCUCUCUGAAACUUAGUGACAUUUAAAUUAAUCCAUAUGUUCCUUUACCAUAUCCAGCAGACAUUCUGAAGAACUAUUUGUUAAUUAGCUCAGGAUGUUAAAACAGCGAUGCCUGCAAACCUGUAAAAACUAUUUUAAGUUUGAAGCUGAAUUGGAAGUGAAAUACAGGAAAAUUGAGUAGCAGAAGAUAUAGUUUCUUUUUCUGAAUGAGUUUUUGCCCUGUGUCUCUGUAGUGUUUGGUUGGACUCAAUAUCCUGGGAGUUCUGAACUAAAACUUGUGCACACAAAUUAAUAAAGCCUAAUCUUUAGCCCAGACAAUAUUUAAAUAACAUUAAACUGACUUUUAAAAAUUA